AGUCCGCAUGUGCGGACAAAACACUUAGUAUCAAAUAAACUGAAACACAUGGAAUGAUAAUUUACACUAUUAAAAAAGCCCAAGAUUCCAACCCACUAAAAGUAAAUGUUUCAAAACCGGGUAUUUGCUAGAAAAUUUGAUAGAGUUAACAGCCGAAAAGUCGUCUUGAUCCUAAAUGAUCAGCCCAAGCCCACAGCUAUUGACUUAGUGACAUUUUAUUGAUUCUCUGAGUUUUUUUCUCUUCUGUAUCGGUUUUUAAAAUACUUCAAUUUAUUUUGGAAAAGUUGAUUCUGUAACCUAUAAAAAAUUAUAAAUAGCUAACUGAUUCUGUAAUCUGAUAUGCUUUUCAAAGUGAUUAAUGACAUUGAAUUGUCGAAUUUUUCAUCCUAAUUAUAAGGGAUGUUCUAUUUAGUUCUAGAGAAACAUAAAUACAUACAAAUUUAAAUGAUAACUUUUUAAGUAGAUAAAAAAGUAGGACUCUAAACUAAUAGAGUAGAUUUAAAUUUUCUCAAAUCCAAUUAGCCUUUUUAGAUAAAAUUGUAAAAUAUAUCAAAAUCUAAAAAUUGUUAAUCGAACUAAUCCAAAUAAAUUAAACCCAAAUAAAAUUUUUUGAAAUUAGUACAAAGAUUUUUAAACCGAAGAGGAACCAAACACACCCCACAUAAUCAUAAUCAGAUGACGUCAAAAGUCUACAUGAUUAUCUCUAGAGCAUCAUCUGCCUUUUGUUGUUUUCCCAGCUCCGUAGAGAAAUGACCUCUACAGCCGAAACUCCUCUUCUAGAAGAAUACGUGACAGACGCCGUUGACCACGGCGAACUUCCCGCCGGAAGAUCCAGUACCGGUAGAUGGAGUGCCGCCUGGUUCAUAAUCGUAUAUUUUCAGGUGUGGAAGUAGCGGAGAGGUUCGCUUACUAUGGAAUCGCAUCAAACCUCAUAAACUACUUGACUGGGCCACUUGGUCUAUCUACUGCUGUCGCCGCUUCUAACGUCAACGCUUGGUCGGGAAUCUCAUGUCUUCUCCCUGUUCUGGGAGCUUUUGUCGCUGACGCUUUUCUUGGUCGGUACCGAACAAUUAUCAUCGCUUCUCUUGUCUACGUACUGGGGCUGGCACUUUUGACUUUAUCUACGUGUCUGGUUCCUAUUAGUACACCAAGUGAACAUAUUGCUAGUGUGGCGUCUUCUUCACCAUCUUCAUUGCUGAAUCUACUCUUUUUCUUCUCUCUGUAUCUGGUGGCUAUUGGACAAAGUGGGCAUAAGCCUUGUGUUCAAGCGUUUGGGGCAGACCAGUUUGAUGAGAAAGACCCGAAAGAGAGACUUGAGAGAAGCUCUUUCUUCAACUGGUGGUACCUUAGCAUGUGUGCAGGGGUCUCCCUAGCGAUUCUAGUGGUUGUUUACAUUCAGGAAGCUGUCAGCUGGGCACUUGGGUUUGGGAUACCUUGUGUAUUCAUGGUGGUAUCUCUUGUUCUGUUUGUGCUUGGGAGAAGGAAGUACAGGUACGUUAGAAGAAGACAUGAAGAUGAAACAAACCCUUUUACCAGGAUAGGUAGAGCCUUGCUUGCUCCAAGUGCAUGCCGUGCUAGUGAUGUAGAAGAUGCCACAGCUCUUGUUAGGCUUAUCCCAGUGUGGCUUACAACUCUCACCUACGCUAUACCUUACGCGCAAUACAUGACUUUCUUCACAAAGCAAGGCGUUACGAUGGAAAGAACUAUAGUUCCCGGUGUUAAGAUUCCUCCUGCUUCUCUUCAGGUCCUUAUGGGUUUCUUAAUUGUAAUCUGUGUACCCAUCUACGACCGCGUUUUGGUGCCAGUCUCCAGGUACAUAACCAAAGAUCCUUGUGGCAUCACAAUGCUCAAAAGAAUUGGAACCGGAAUGGUACUGUCAUCUCUCACUAUGGUGGUUGCAGCUAUGGUUGAGUCAAAGCGGCUCGAGACAGCAAAAGCAUACGGGCUUAUAGACCAACCGGAAACAACUGUUCCAAUGUCGAUAUGUUGGCUACUCCCUCAGUAUCUGAUGCUGGCAUUGGCUGAAGUAUUCACAAUAGUGGGAAUGCAAGAGUUCUUCUACAGCCAAGUCCCUACAGAGCUGAGAAGUAUCGGUCUCGCACUUUACUUAAGUACAUUAGGAGUGGGAAGCUUGUUGAGUAGCUUACUCAUCUCUGUGAUUGGCUUGGCCACGGGAGGAGAUGGUGGAAACAGCUGGUUCAAUAGUAAUCUGAACAGAGCACAUCUCGAUUAUUUCUACUGGUUACUUGUGGCUAUUAGCGCCUUAGGGUUCUUUGCUUUCUUGAUCAUUUCUAGAUCGUAUAUAUAUCGCCGUGUGGAUGGAGUGUAGGUUGUACAGCUUUUCUUGGUAGAUGGCGACCAUAAUAAGAUUGUUUCAAACGCAAAAAUAUACAACAAGAAUGCAUAGAACUUACACAAUGCAUGGCUGUAUGUUUAACUGUAUAUCUCAACAUAGUUAUCGAGCAAAUUGUCCCUUGUGAAUUUGACAAACUAAAAAGAAAGCUUCUAUUCGUGUUUUCUUUUCUGA